GUGGUGUGGGCGUGGCCAGGAACCAGCUCCUUCCCAGGCUGCGCUCCUGGGCCCCCCCUCCCCGCACUACGGAUACGGAGGUCUGUGCUCCUAGGAGCGCGGGAUGGCAUUCGUGAGGUCACCGUCAGAGACCUUAUGGAGGAGCUGCAACUUGGUCAUGGCCGCGUUCUUCGCGCUGGCGGCCUACGUGCAGAUAAAUGACCCAGAUGCAGAACUGUGGAUGGUUAUAUACAUGAUACCUGCUAUCCUUACUGUACUUGUUGGACUUAACCCUCUGAUCACAGGUAAUUUUAUCUGGAAGAACCUUACCAAGUUGCACUUAUUCCUUUGUGCUCUGGGAACUGUUUACUUGGGCUUCUACCUCUUUCUUCAUACAGAAAGGAACAUCUUACAUGAGGAGGAAGGCAGGGAGCUGUUUGGACUUGGGAUUAUUAUAGUUUGGCUGAGUCUUUGCCACAUCUCAACAAAAAAUCCAGUUGGUAGAAGAGUUCAACUGGUUGUUGCCAUGGCUAUUUCUCUUUGCCCAUUUAUCACAUGGUUCUAUAUAUAUAUUAACAAAGACAUGCGAAACACUUGGCCAACACAUUGCAAGACAGUCAUUUAAAUAUAUUUUAUCAUCGUUUUCAUAAAAUGAAUAUUUUCAUGUCUGUCACAUUAAAUUUGAUUACAAUCUAGUCAACUUAAGUACUUCAUAUGAUUUAAGACAUACUAAUAAUACUAGUAAAGGGUUUUGACCCAAGAGCUCUUUAAGAUUAACUGACUAUAAUACAUGUAAGACCAGACAGAAAUCAGAAGUCAUUGGAAGCUUCUUCUAAAAGGGAAAGUGCUGUGAGGUAGUAGAAAGAAUACUGAAGUCAUGGGAUUUGACUGCUAAUCUGAACUAUUAUUAUUUACUAUGAGACAAAUCAUUUAUCUUCUCUGGGUCCAUUUCUUCAUUUCUAAAAUGGCAAAAACAUUACAUGUGCUAUUCACAAAGUCACAAAGUUGUGGAAAAAAGCUGUUUGUAAACAGUAAAGCACCUUAAAACAUGGGUUACUGUGUUACUUGGGCAGCUUGUCAACUUCUACUUGUUUAUUUCAUCUAAAAAUGGAAGUUAUCUCCCCUACCUACCUCAAAAUUAUUUUGAUGAUUAAAUAAGCCAAUAUUUUAUACUCAAAAGUAUAAAAGCACUCUACAAACUUGGGGUAGCAUUGUUAUUACUCGGAGGUUUUGAAAUGUAAAAAAAAGUAUGUUUAGUGUGUACAUGUGAGGAUACAAGGAAGGGAAAAUGACUCAGAUGUAUUUCCAAGACAAGGAACAGAGAGUCAAAUCCAUGAAUGGUUCACCAUACUGAACUAGUAUUAGAGUGAUCUCAGGUAUUCAUUAUAAUCUUAAGGUUGAAAAGAACACAAAGGAAUGUCUAUUCUAGAAAGGUAAAAGUAAAGGAAGUUUGCUAUGAUGGGGAAACUUGGGGGCAAAUCAGGAAAUGGGGAAAGGAUUGUCCAGCACUCUCUAAAAAAGAAACAGACCAAAGUCUGGUCAUAAGUUUUUGUUUAGAAAAAAAAUUUAAAUGAGAUAAAGAUUCAGAUUUUUAAGACUUGAUAAAUAGCACUACUAAUCAAUUAAAUGAAACAAUUAGAAUAUAGAAUAACUGUUAUUAUGCAUCUUCUCAAAAGCCUGAAGCAUUUUAUGUCACUGCUGCAAAGGAAAUCAGUGAAUAAGAUUUAAUUGACCUAUAUGAUAGAAAAACUUUAAGGCUCCUUGAUAAUACGAUACCUGUCACCCAUGUUGCACUUUUGGCAAAUAUCAAACUUCAGCUAUGAAUAUAGGUUAAUAAGAAAACAACUGACUCCAUUCAAGCAACAGGAUAGUUGAUAACUAUUAAUGUCUUGGAGAAUGGAUUAGUGAGCAUAUUUCCAUGACUGUUUACUUUUUUACUAUCAACAAGAGAAAGUAUAGGGCUUUAUACAUAGAUUCCUAGGAAUCAUUUGCUGAAUGAACAUGAAAGGAUGUCUUCUGUAAUUUUAAUAGAUUUGCAUGUAGAGGAAAGGAAAAUUAUUAAAUUGAUAGCUAGACAAAUAAAUUUCAUUAGCAAGUUGCCUUAUGAAGCAACAAACUAUUUUAUAAGAGGUUCUGAGAAAUCACAUAUUCAUGGAUCUUUUAAUAAAAUUAUGUGACAUCAGUGGCUAUGAUA